UCUGCCCCUACUAGUGGCGCCGAACAACCCGCCUACGACUGGAAACACGUUUACAGCUGCUUUAGGAAAACACGCGGCGAUUUCACCGAGUUUUGCUUUCUGUGCAACAAAUGGGUGUUUGACAAAUCCGAAUGGAGCGACCAUUGCCGGUCGCAUUUUGCUCGCCCGGACGAGCUCCCUGUGCAGUGCGACCCCCUUCUUUACGGUGGAGUGCUUGCCACCGCCGGCUACUGCUUGUUUUGCAUGGCGGACAAACCGCUGGAGCCUGAGCUGCGCCUUCGUCAGUUUCUGGACAGAGGCCUAUGGAAAGACCGUGUUUUUGAUCAUUACGAACGAUACGUCCAAGCUGUUGACGACAAGACGCUGGUCACCUGCCCUCAUCCUAGCAUUCGAUGCGGUGGCGCAUUCGACUCUGUGAAGCAUUUCGAAUUCUAUCUUCUGGAUGCCCACUGCCGAGACUUUGUCAAGGAGUCAACGUCGCUGGAGCUAGAAGAGAACAAUGACGUGAAACCGGCACCGGCCAAGAGGCAGCGGAAGCGAAGCGCCGAGCUUGACAGGGAAGCCAAGGUCGACACCUACCACUUCGUUGAUGAGACGGUUCAAACAGCGUGUCGACAUCGAGUGGCUGCUGCGUCUUUGCCGUCGCCUUUUGAAGGCCACGUGUCCCCGCCCGACAGUUGCCAGAUCCAGGGCUGGUCGGGGGACGGGGAUGCUAGAAGCGGCGAUGUUCUGCUUCGUUCGCCAUCGUCUUUAGAUAAUGACGGAGUGGAGAAGUGCUUUGCCUUAAUUGAUCUCGGGAUACUUUUGGAGCAAAGUUUUCCAGGUUCGAUACUGUCGGCCCACGAUCCGGCAAGCGACGAUCACUACUUCCCCCCGCCAGCGGAUGCGAUAGCCUCUAGCCUUGCCCCGUUCCCUUAUGUAAACCCAGCAGAAAUAUUCGUCGGCUCCGGUCGGUUCACUGCGGCCUGCUCCAAGUCUGCGUACUUCUUCGGAAAAUGGCGGCUGCGAUGCGGUCGAGGCCUACUCUCCGACGCCAGGGGCCGGGCUAAGCUGAGAGGGGAGUCGUCAAGGCGAGCGGCGGUCGGUGGAGGAGCUGGGACGGAAGCGGAGUCUGGGGAAUUCUCUGUGCGAGGGAGGUCGUGUCCGGUCUGGGCUAUUUCUGGGGAGGUUGUAUCACUGUCGGAUGGAUUCGCUGGUUCGUUGGCAGGGUCCGAGACGCGCGGCCUCUUGGAGGGAGUAGACGGCCCCGCUCGGCCUUCGCAGCGACUCGAUCGCUUGGGCGAUGGAGUUGGAAUCGGAGUCGAUGCGGCCGCGGCCGAGGGAGGUCUUGGCAGGUACGUCAGAUCGAGGACGCGUCAGCUCCUUCGGAUGAGAAGGCCUCGGCCUCCGGCCACCGGCGGAACGGCGAGCUGAUUGGGCAAAAUGAACUUGGCGGCACCUGUACCCCAACCCCGGACAAAACCACAGCGAGGCUUUAACUUUUUGGCUUUCAGCUUUUAGGCUUUUGAAGUGGAUGUGUAGUGUUUAGCAUCCUGUGAAAAGCUCGGUUCUCGC